AUGGAAUCGAAGGGGAAGCAGGGGGAAGGGGCAGAUGCGGUGGUCACCCGUGCCGGUGAGACUGGUUUGCAUUCCAAGUCGAAGGGGUUCAGGAGCCUCAGCGGUAAGGACCUGUUCUUCAGAGCUGACAAGAUCGACCUCAAGAACUUGGAUAUGCAGCUGGAGAAGAGUCUCAGCAAGGCUUGGUCCAAAGACAAGAGCGCGGCCCAGAGGCCGAGGGAAGACUGGGAAAUCGAUCUCUCAAAGCUGAAUCUAAGAUAUGUGGUCGCCCGUGGGACCUAUGGGACUGUCUACAGAGGCAACUACGACAACCAAGACGUUGCAGGUAUACCUGAAAACUUCCACUUUCUGUCUUGAAUUAUGUAUGAUUUAUUCCCUUUCCCGGUUUGUCUUUGGUAAUACUGCUCCUCCUAUGCUCUUGAGAGAGAGAGAGAGAGAGAGAGAGAGAGAGAGAGAUCUUGAUUAGUUCUCUCUUUUUCCUCUGUGGUUUACUUAAUUAUGGACAUGCUUUUGAUUCCUCUUGCUUUGGAUGAUGGCCGCCUUCGUUUUCUCUUUGAUUUUCCCAAUAAUGUGGCACAUAGUCUGAGUGUGUAUCAUUCAGGGAAUUUUGUAGGUAAGAACUUGGCCCGACUUUAUACUGUUAAAUUGGAUGAAUCAACCUGUGCAAAUGAAUCGACCUGAUCAUCACAACUUUUAGCAACACCAACCCAAUGCUUCUGAAUUCCCUGUUUCCAAUCCUCAUUUUGCAUGAAUGGAGUGAUUCAGUGUUUCUAGAGAUUUACACCAAGACUCCCUCUCACAUUUCAAUUUUUUCAUUUCAUGUGCGGUGACUACCUGUCACAUUUGGAGAAUAAGUGAAAUGAUUCACUCUGCGUAUAUGGUUACAUAAUUAUGAAGAUAUUCAUUUUUCGUAAACUAUUUAAAAUUCAUUCACUACCUGAAGAUCUAUCCACUCAAGGGCACUUGCACUUACCUAUUGAGUAAUAGGCCUAAGCAGGACUGGUAGGAUUGAUGUCUUUCCUUUCUCUUGCACCAUCUCACAGACAAUCAUCAACCAAGAAGGCUGAUGGGUACACAUGAUGCUCCAUUAUAUCUACCUGACCCCAUUUAUGCUAUGCUGCUAAUAAAGACAACGCCAGUGAUCUUCUCUUCAGUGUCCCGGAAUAUCAUCACCAUUUCUUCUUGACAGCUCGAUCUGCGUAUUGAUUUAUAUUUGUAUUUUUUUUACUGUUGCCUUUCCCUGCUGGAGUCAACAUACGUAUUAAUCCCCAAGGAUUUCUCAUGCUCUCGAACUUUUAUUUUCCACCAGUAAAAUGAUUUUUCCUCUUUGGCAAUAAUGGGUCAUUUAUCUCAUGCGUUUAGGAUUUUCGGCCACAAUUGAUGGACGGGGAAAGAUUUUUAAAACUAACCUCUCAAUUAUCCCGGGUUUUGAUCCUGUCUGACGCUUGUCAUUCUGUGGAUUUUAGUUUGGUUCUUAUCUAGCUUGUAUAUUGUCCGUAAGAUAGCUCCAUUUCUCCUAUUAUAGUGAAGGUAUUGGACUGGGGAGGGGAUGGCUUUUCCAGUGAUUCAGAGACUGCUGCUCUUCGGGCAUCAUUUCAGCAGGAGGUCGCUGUUUGGCAUAAGCUCGAUCAUCCAAACGUCACCAAGGUGAGGUCUUCCCGUUGACUUUUAAGGAUAAGUUACUACUGGUUGAAACCUUAUGCAGAAGGGACUAAAAAAUUGGUGUUUUUUUUUUUGUUGGCUACAGUUUGUCGGGGCAUCGAUGGGGACCUCUGAACUGAGGAUCCCGCAGGCUAAUCCUUCGAGCAAUGGUCUCAAUUCUCUCCCAUCGAGGGCAUGCUGUGUGGUGGUGGAGUACCUGCCUGGGGGAACGCUCAAGCAGUUCUUGAUAAAGAACAGGCGGAGAAAGCUUGCUUAUAAGAUUGUGAUUCAGCUGGCAUUAGACCUCUCAAGAGGGUAGGGGGUUGCCCCUCACACUUCAAUCUAAUGGCUCUGGUUUAUUAUAGAAUAGACAGAGUGAAGUGGGCAUUCCUUCUUUUCUUUUCUUUUUCUUUUUUUUUCCAACUUUUCUUUUUGGUUCGUCGUGCUCCUGCAGGCUGAGCUACCUUCAUUCGAAGAAGAUUGUGCAUCGAGAUGUGAAGACUGAGAACAUGCUUCUGGACAUCGGCCGCACGCUAAAGAUAGCGGAUUUCGGUGUCGCCCGUGUGGAAGCUCAGAAUCCCCAGGAGAUGACCGGCGAAACGGGCACCCUUGGAUACAUGGCUCCGGAGGUACCCAUCUGUACACCCUUUAAUCACGGAAUUCGUUCGUUUUCUUCUUGAGUUUUUUUUUUUUUUUUUUUUUUUUUUUUUGUUCAUCAUUGAGCCCCACCCACCCAUGCUUUUUUCUAUUGGAUAUAUAUCAUAUAUGACCCACCCUUUUGGCAAAAUUCAUGUUAAUCAUCAUUUUUUUAUUAUUCCAAAAAUGGAAACCAUGAGCCUUGUGUUGUUGUUGCCCACUUGAAGAUGAGACAUUUCUGAUGGUUUCUUAGUAGUAAUUUUAUUUUUUUAUCGAUCCUCGUGUUCGUUUGAGGUGAUUUCGAGCAUAUUGGUUGAACCCACCACCCCGAGCCAGCUCUGUUUUUUUAGUAGGCUGACGAGCAACCAACCAAGCAGGUCCUGGAAGGGAAGCCAUACAACAGGAGCUGCGACGUGUACAGCUUCGGGAUCUGUCUGUGGGAGAUCUAUUGCUGCGACAUGCCCUACCCCGACCUCACCUUCUCCGAGGUCUCCUCCGCCGUCGUCCGCCAGGUGGGGUCUUUUUUUUUUCUUCUAAUCCCCUCAUUUCUCUCCAAAAAUCUCGGAACCCACUCGUCGAAUGCCCUCCCUGGAUCUUGUGGAUUGGUUUUAUGCAUCAUCUUUUUUUAUAAAAAAUAAAUAAAUUAAUUUGGGUAUUUGAUUUUGGUGGGGGUGGAUCAGAAUCUGCGGCCGGAGAUUCCGCGGUGCUGCCCCAGCGCGUUGGCGAGCAUCAUGAAAAAAUGCUGGGACGCGAACGCUGACAAGCGGCCGGAGAUGGCCGACGUGGUGAGGCUUCUCGAGGCCAUCGACACCAGCAAGGGCGGCGGGAUGAUCCCCGAGGACCAGAUGGGCGGCUGCUUCUGCUUCUACCCCACCCGCGGCCCCUGA